ACUUAACCAACUAGGCCACUACUUCCCCAUUACAAUCAUCUCUCCCACUUAUUUGCCACAAAGAAACAGAGUGUGAGAGAGAAAAAAGUUGAAAAGAUGAAGGCAUCUUUCAAAUUCUCUGCCUCCUUCUUCUUCAUCAUCUUUCAAAUAAUAUUUAUCAGUUCCCAAAUUUCGACAGUAAAUUGCAGCAGUACAGAUUCGUGCAAUUCGAAUCUCAAACUUAAAAGCGAAAUUCUCUUCGAUACCACUUCCUUCCAUUGUCUUACAGUAUGGAGUCAACAAGACUACAUCCUCAGAUAUAUGAGAACAGAUACAAAUGUAUGGAGUUAUGUUCUCUCAGCACCAAACACAAAUUCAUAUAUUGCUAUGGGAUUUUCAGAAAAGGGAAAAAUGGUUGGCUCAACUGCAAUUGUUGGCUGGGUCUCUAAUGACGGAACUGCCACUAUGAAGAAGUAUUUUCUCGGCGGUCAAUCGCCGAAUCAGGUGUUGCCUGAUGAAGGAAAUCUCCAGCUUGUCAACUUUACAUCCUCCGUCGUAGCUGAAAACUCGAGAAUCUAUUUGGCCUUUCAGUUGAACACUGAAAUGCCCAGUAAUCGGCUCAUUUACUCCGUCGGACCGUCGGGAAUGCUGCCGUCCACCGUCGAUUACCGGUUGACGGAACACCAGGAUCAUACAUCUACUUCCUUGGAUUACAACACAGGUCAAAGUGAAACAAAGACCCUUUAUGCAAACCUGAGGAGAAGCCAUGGACUUCUAAAUAUGUUUGGAUGGGGAAUUCUCAUGCCAAUUGGGGUCAUGGCAGCUAGAUACUUGAGGCAAUAUGAUCCAAUCUGGUUUUACUCUCACAUAACUAUUCAAUCGUUAGGGUUUAUCCUAGGAUUCGCGGGUGUUAUCAGUGGACUCGUUCUCAAUAGUCGUCUUCAGAACAAUGUCAAUAGACACAAAGGCCUUGGCAUCUUCAUUCUUCUUCUAGGUUGCUUGCAGGCUAUUGCAAUAUUGGUGAGACCAGACAAGGAAUCAAAAAUAAGAAAAUAUUGGAAUUGGUACCAUUACAUUACAGGGAGAGUAUUGAUACUUUUGGCAACAAUAAAUGUUUUCUAUGGUAUCCAUUUAGGAAAUGCAGGAAGUUCUUGGAACGCUGGUUUUUCUGUUGUUUUGGUUAUUUUAUUCAUCACUGCUUUAAUGCUUGAGAUCAGGAUGUGGAGGAGAAAGUAGAAAUCUUUUUUUUUUUUUUUGUUAUGUUUCAUUCAUGUAAUGUUAUUGUUUAUUUUUCUUGUUUUUUGAAGAUUUUCCUUUGUAUUUUCUCUACACACAUUACAUAAUACUAACAGCCAA